AUAUUAAAUUGAAUAUAAAAUAAGCCACAUCUUUCGUUGUACAAGUUCUUACGUGACCUAGUGACCAACUUGAACUGAUUGCAAGACAACUAACAAUCCCAGCAGCCUUUUGGUAAAUCCAGCUGUCAAACUCAGUGUUAGAAGUGUAUUACCUGACAGAACAUUUGGCAAUCUCAUUGUGAUAUUAUCAUGCCACUGGAACUGAUUGUCAUAUCGCUGAUGCGCACCAGUAAGUGGAUAAAUGUGCUGAUGCUUAAUUCACCGGACGAGGAUAAGGCUAGGCAACAGACUAGACGCAUUGAUGUGAGCGCGAAUGGCAUUCGCUGGAUCGAGCGCGACUUUGAGCAGUUCACGCCUCUGGGGAAGUUCUUUGAGAUCAACACAAACCCAGAGGCGGGCAUAACUGUUGACAAGGAGACGAACAAUGCAACAGCCCUGAAGCUCAGUUUAGUCCAUAUUAACGAUGCGGCACUGGACCAGCAAACCGUUGACGUUUCCAUUGAGGACCUGCAUCUGCUCCUAAACGAAUCCAUGGCUUGUGGUCUACACUGCAGCAAUUGCUACAACGAAUUGGUGCCCGUGCGCCGGUACGACUGCAUCCGUCCGAUGCCUGUCUACACCAUGGAGCCAAUAAAGUACUUCUGUCCCAGCGACAAAAAGCCCACAUCUCUAGCUGAGGGCGAAUUACUCUAUGCUCUCAACUAUAUUGUGAUAAGUCCGAAGAUUCUGGGGAAACGCGUCAUUCAGUGUGGACAGCACAUUCAUUGCGGUCGCUGUUUGCAGUUGGUGGGCGAGUCGCUAGGCGAGAAAGUGGCCACACAGCUUUAUGUAGAUACACUAUGGGUGGCGCCGCGGGGUCAGAGUGAAGUUCAACUGCCAGAGGGACGCCUGGAACAGCUCUUUGGCCAGCUAACCGCCUCUCAGCUAAUGCUGCACCUUUUGCAAGAUGCAGUGCCCAUCAGUGAGGAGAAAACCAGGCUUUUUUUAAAGACAGUGCGACCGGACGGACAACUGCACUACAUGUUGCUCCUUGUGGACACCAGUCAACUACAUCUGUUGCGCUCCAAGCUUUCGCUAAUUGAGGAUCUCAAUGUCAGCAGCAGCUUGAAAUAUACCGAUGACGACACCAACGAGGACAGUGACAGCAGCAGCGAAAGCAGCAGCGACUGCACCAGCGACAGCGACCUGGACGCCGUCGAAACUAGCGAUGAUGAUGAAGGUGAGCCGAAGGCUAAACGCCAGCGGAGGGCUGAAACCAAGCCCGUGCACGAGGUGAAGGUUCGCGGCUAUAGGGGUUGCCGGAUUAACUAUCAUAUAUUCAGCAGUGACGAGGAGCUGGCUGCCAAUCACGAGAUGAUCGAAAAGUGGCGCAGGGAGGGCACACCCAUGCUGCGCAUCUCCUAUGUCAUGAUGAUGGAUCUGCUCCGUGAGCUUAAUGUCAACGAACUGCUGGUCGCCACGCUGGAGCGUAUUGCCCCAGAUGAGAAAGAGGGCCACAUCAGCUAUAUCAUCUAUGAGCCCGUUGAGGAUAUGUAGGCCCAGCUUUUGGGGAAAUCGGAGCACUUGUAUUCAUAGCAUCCCACUUGCCAGUUGAUAUUUAAUUGAAUUGUCAACAUGGUAUACUGUAUCCACAGCAUUUUAUUUUAGGUUCCAUUGUGGGGAAAAUUUUAACGUAUUUACGAUAAUAGAGACAUUUCUGUCAAUUCUA